GCCGCGAACCGACGGCCAUGGGGCUGCCCGCGCUGCUCUGCGCCCUGGCCGCUCUCAGCUGCUCGCUCUCGCCGCCCGUCGCCGUCGCCGCCUCCCGAGCCGUAAGUGCUACAGCUCUGGAAUACAGAUGCCGGAGACCUCCGGCCGUGCCGCAGACCAUACGUACAAUAACAGCAGCGCAAGGGCCAGAACUUUUCUGAUACCUGACCGCGGUGAACCUAUACCUUUAGAAGACAUUGAAAGCAGUGCUGAAAAUGAUUCAGAGGUUGGAAGAGGACCUACCAAUCAGACUGGAUCCCCCCAGCAUGAACAACGAACAGUGUCAGCGGAAACGGAGAGAUACCUCACUAGUCCGUGGCUGACCCGUUUUGUUCCUUCGGUUUAUACAGUAGUGGUUGUGCUCAGCCUCCCUCUGAACAUUACAGCCAUAUUUGUGUUUCUGAAAAAGAUGAAAAUUGAAAAGCCAGCUGUAGUUUACAUGCUGAACUUGGCUCUUGCGGAUGUCCUGUUUGUAAGCGUGCUGCCUUUCAAGAUUGCUUACCAUUUCUCUGGAAACAACUGGGUAUUUGGACCUCGGAUGUGCCGCUUCGUCACUGCUGCCUUCUACUGUAACAUGUACUGUUCAAUAAUGCUGAUGACGAGCAUAAGCUUCGAUCGUUUCUUAGCAGUGGUGUACCCCAUGCAGGCUCUUGGCUGGCGUACAUUAACACGUGCCUCGGUGAUUUGUUUCAUCAUAUGGUUCGUGGCAAUAGCAGGGGUUGUGCCUUUUCUCGUCAGAGAGCAAGCUAUGGAAAUACCCAAGUUAAAUAUCACAACCUGCCACGACGUGCUGAGGGAAUCUGAGCUUCACAGCUAUUACGUAUACUUCUUCUCCGUCUUCUCAUCUGUUUUCUUUGUGGUGCCGUUUAUAAUAACUACCAUCUGUUAUGUGUGUAUCAUUCGAUGUCUGAGUUCUUCUACUAUUGUUGCAAGACAAAAUAAGAAGACACGUGCCUUGCUCUUGUGUGUGGCUGUUUUUUCAGUUUUUGUCAUCUGUUUUGGGCCAACAAAUGUCCUGCUAUUAAUUCAUUAUAUCCAUUUUUCAUACAACAACAGCUUAGAGUAUCUUUACUUUGCCUAUGUACUGUGUGUAUGCAUCAGCAGUGUUAGCUGUUGCAUUGAUCCCUUUAUUUACUACUAUGCUUCUUCUCAGUAUCAGAGACAACUGUUUAGUCUCUUGAGUUGUAAAGAGACUUUAGAUCCUAACAGCAGCAACAGCAGUGGCCAGUCAAUGUCUUCCACUAGCAGAAGGGGCACGUGUUCUACUAAUGCAAAUAACAGUGUCUACAGCAAAUUACUAGUAAUACAAUGAGAUCACGUGUCUUACGCAUGCUUAAUUUGUAUACAAUUUCAGUCAAAUAAGAAGAUACCAUAUCCAAGAAAUGCAGAAGCUUAUACCGAGUUGUGCAACAUGCAGUUUCAUUAUAGUAGCGUACAAUCCAAAUUAGUACAAGUGUAUGUACAUGUAUGUGUAUUGUGUUUGUAAAUAGAUUAGUGUCGAGGAGAAAAGUAAUUUCUUAAUAAUAUCUGUUGACUGUUUUUUAGAUGAAGUCCUUUUUACAGACAAAUAUUUAAAUUGUUAGUGCAAUUUAUUAUGGGGAUAUCAUGGAAUCCUGUUGUAGGAUUUUCAACUGUAUCAUACAGGUUAAAUUUCUUACUUACGGAGUCUGUCCGUCUAACCAUUAUACUAUGAAGAAAGUGAAAAUAUAUUUCUAGGUAGAUUUUUUUUCCUUUAUUUCUGGAAUAGUCCAUAUCCUGUAUUUUUAUAGCAUUAUCUUGUGUCAUGGGCCCUGAGGCUGUAUAUUUUACAUUCUUAUUUAUGUUUAUAUGGUGUUAGGAAUUUGAAUGAGUGAAAAACAGCUACUGGUUGUUGAAUUUUGUCAAAGAAAAUUGCGCUCAGUGGCUCAGAGUAGCUUUUCCUUCAGUAUUCUUACCAUUAGUUUAUGUUAAGUGUCCUGGUUACAACAGUGGUGGGACCAAAUUCCACAAUAAAUCAGUGUUGAACAGCACCUCAGAAAAUACACUGAAAAAGCAUUAUGAGUCACCUUGUUAUGCAGUUUGCAAACAUAUGCUUUCUUGCACAUUGUUAGUCAUCUUUUAAUGACUAGGAAUUAGGACUAUCCUUUAUCUCCACCAAGUCUGGAUGUUUUCUAUAUUUUUGGUUGUGCACACGUCAACUGAAAUUGCUGUCAUAUGCAAGUAAAUAGCUAACUUUACCCUCUGUAGCAUUCUUUCACUACAAAAGACAAUAAAGCUAACUAAGAGGAAGUCAAUAUUAGAAACAAAUGUGUAGAUAAUAGGACAUUACACAAAACUGGAACCCAAAUUAAGUAGGAAUUUGGAUAACGUAGGUUUUGCCAGAGGAAUCAGCCAAGAACAACAGUGGCCAAAUGUUGGCUUCGGUCCAUCACAAGGGUUAAACUUAAUCUUCCUGUAGGCACUGUGAGACAGAGAAGUUUCUUUGUAAUGAUCUUCUCUUGUUAUUUUCUAUCCCCUUCUUACCAGACUUAAACUCAAUUAAAUGCUGAGUUACCAGUCACUAGACUUUUGUUCUCAAACAGUAGCUGUUUUCUGAAUAAGUAAAUGAAAUAAAAAUACAUGUAUGUAUUGUUUGUAGGGGUAAAAACCACACGUUUAUAUGAAAAAAUAAGAUACAUUCACAUUUUGUUGAAUAUUGUGUUAGCAGCUGUUGGUUGAUAGGUUGGCUUGUUCUGGUUUUGGUUUUGUUGUGUUUUUUUUUUUCUUUUUUUUUUCAGUAAGAAGUUUAUCUUAAAGCUAUGGGAGACAGCUUCCUGCUUACUGAGAAGUUACCUCUGUGCUUCCUGUAGGUAUGAGCUGGGGUACUGCUUUUUCAGACCUAUUAGUAAUUGGAAGUUAUUUCAAUGUAGUGGUAUUUUGUUUACUUUUACAUAGCCAGAAGAGACUAUCUGGUCAGUUUUGCAAGGACAGUAUUACAAGAUAGGAGAGAAGUUACUUAAUGUUUUAACUUUCUGUAUUAUAAACUUAAGUAAAAUACAUAAAUAUUAACUCAUUGUGUUCAUUUCUUGUUACAUAUUCCUAUCUUAAUCAAAUAAAUUAGUCUCUACAUUAUUUCUUUGAGGUACAAUUCUACUGCUUGGCUUUGUAAUGCUAAACUUGUAAGCCUCUGAAAAUUUGGUGUGCUCCAUGUAACAUAAAAAAGAUUGCUGUUCAUUGGUCCAACCACAGAUGCUCAAGAGUCACAAAACCAUAUUAUUUUACUUGAGACAUUUUAAGGAUGGAAGAAAGCAUAACCAGCACUGACUCAUAAGAGUAUGUAUAGAUACAUACAUAUAGAUGUACAUAUGUAUACCACAGGCGAGUUUGGGUUGUUUGGGGUUUUUUUGUUUGUUUGUUUGUUUGUUUCAUUUUCCUCAGUGCCAUAACGUAUUUGUGCAAUGGUUAUAUAGUGUGCAGUGAAACUCGAGGCUUCUUACAGACCUGGAAAUUGCAUACAAAGCCCCUUGAAUGUUUUGGUUUCAAUCCAAAACUGAAUCAUGACGUGGCUCUGGGCUGAUGUUACAGAACACCACUGUCCACGUUUUUACAUGAAAGUUUCAUAGCAAGAAAACCUGAAAAGAAGUAAGCACAUCAGAUGGUGAAACACUUAUCCCAAACAAGUAAUUUAAAGCUCUUUAAUUGUGUUUUUAAGGGUGACAUUUUGCAACAUCAUGCAAUUUUGACUGCAAAACAGCAAAUUCAUACUGCAGCAAACAAAAUAAGUUAUUCCACCAUCUGAAUAGAUGGGGUUGUUUCACUUAUCAUAACCUCUGUGUGCUUGAGAAUGUUUACAAAGAAGCAGUUUCUUCCUACGCUGUAGGAUGAAAAAAAAAAAUAAGCAACUGCUUAUUGUCGUGAAUAAGAACAUCAACAAAGAUUCCAGAUAACAAAUAAAAAGGAGGAUUUUAUCUAUGUGUUUGUAAACUGUUAUUCCAUGUCUACCAUACACAGUACUAAGGUUGGUUUCGCUGGUUAUUCUAACUUGUAUGCAAAUGCAAAAAAAAGAAACCCAAGCAACAACAACAAAAAAACCACACCAACAAACCCACUACCUGAAAACAUUGUUAACAUGAAAUCCUUUAAUAAAAAUGCUUUACAAACCAA